UUGAGUACAGCCUUACGUAUCGUGUGGCUUUCCAGGACCAGAAAUCUAAGCUCUAGAGCUGUAGCCUCUGGCCCCUCGUUUGUGCACCCUUCAGACAAAUUUUAAGGGGCAUUUGUCAUAAAUCGGGUGCCUCUUGGUGGCGGGAUCCAGCUGAGACACAGAGCCAGAGAAUCUAGCCAGGUGGCAAUCAUGGGUGAAUGGAUGAAGAAGGGCCCCCUAGAAUGGCAAGAUUACAUUUACAAAGAGGUUCGAGUGACAGCCAGUGAGAAGAAUGAGUAUAAAGGAUGGGUUUUAACUACAGACCCAGUCUCUGCCAAUAUCGUCCUUGUGAACUUCCUUGAAGAUGGCAGCAUGUCUGUGACCGGAAUUAUGGGACAUGCUGUGCAAACUGUUGAAACUGUGAAUGAAGGGGACCAUAGAGUGAGGGAGAAGCUGAUGCAUUUGUUUAUGUCUGGAGACUGCAAAGCGUACAGCCAGGAGGAUCUGGAAGAGAGAAAGAACAGCCUAAAGAAAUGGCUCGAGAAGAACCACAUCCCCAUCACCGAACAGGGAGACUCUCCAAGGACUCUCUGUGUGGCUGGGGUCCUGACUAUAGACCCACCAUAUGGUCCAGAAAAUUGCAGCAGCUCUAAUGAGAUUAUUCUGUCCCGUGUCCAGGAUCUUAUUGAAGGACACCUUACAGCUUCCCAAUGAGAGGCCAGAAAAUGUGAACAUACUGAUUGAAAAAGACUAUUUUUUGUCCUUCAUAAAAUGUUUUGAAUGUGAUGUUUGCCAUCCUAUUGUAGAAUUUUAAAGGUACAUUUGUAGGACUAUAAAGGUACAUGAGUGUGUGUGUGUGUGUGUAUAUGUGUUUUAAUUCUUUGUUGUUUUGGUAAAAUAAAAAGUGGGUUAUGAGUGCCAAUUUCCUUGGGAAAUUAAUGAACUAGGGCAAGGAUAGCAUUCCAUGAAUAAAAUUAGCAUAGGGACAUCAGAAUUGUAUGGGUCUUUUCUUGUGAUGGGGUUAUACCCCCAUUUUUGUUAGGCAAGAAAAGCAUUUGGAAACCAUGUAAUGUGUUAGAUUUAAUAUAAAACAUUAUGGUAAGAUCA